UUUUGGAAAGGGUAGAGGUUGAAAAUGUAAACAAGAUGGCUGCCUCCAUCAUACAAACAUGCCACAUCGCUUGCUGUGCCAACCGUACCCCGAAUGUGGUUGCCUGGGGGAGGUGUGGGCUUCUAGCAUUUGGGACUUGUAACUCUAUCGCUCUUUAUCACCCUGAGAAUACAACAGUAACUGGCACCCUGAAUGGACAUACAGGAAGAGUUAACUGUGUGAAAUGGAUUCACUGCAGUGACUGUGGUCCUGAAACUUGGCUGGUUUCUGGUGGGUCUGAUAACAGAGUGAUUUUAUGGGAACUAGAAGGAGACAAGGUUAUAAAAUUCAUCAAACUUGAGGGGCAUUCAGAUGCAGUUUGUGCUGUGGAUGCACUUUGCUUAAAUAGUGGACAGGAAGAGCAACACAAUCUUAUGGUAGUUUCAGCAGCUUCAGACUCCUGUGUCAAAAUCUGGUCCUGCAAGGGGAUAGAAGGGGAAUGUAUGCAAACAGUUUCUUUUGGAAAUGGAUUUGUUAUGGAUGUAUCCCUUUCCUGCUUGCCUGGCGUUAAUGUUCCUGUCUUGGCUUGUGGAAACGAUGACUGCAAAAUUCAUUUAUAUAUUCAACAGAAUGGGCAGUUUCAGAAAGUGGACUCACUUCUUGGCCAUGAGGACUGGAUACGAGGAGUUGAAUGGGCAGUUUCUGAUGGCGAUCUUUUCUUAGCAAGCUGUGCGCAGGAUUGUCUGAUAAGAAUCUGGCGAAUAUUUACAAAAUCCUCAGCUUCAUGUGAAGAGGAAGACAAUGGCAACCUCAUAAAACUGAAAGAAAAUAUAUUCAAGGUGAAAAGUAAUGAUGGUUUGACAACAUUUGCGGUUACCUUGGAAACAGUAUUAUCAGGCCAUGAAAAUUCAGUGUAUGGAGUUCACUGGCAGCCUUCUAUCCUCAAAGAUGGCAGAAUACAACAACCAAUGGUUUUGUUGUCAGCAUCAUUGGAUAAGACUAUGAUUCUCUGGGCUCCAGAUGAAGAGUCCGGUGUGUGGUUGGAACAGGUCCGUGUGGGUGAAGUUGGAGGCAACACAUUGGGAUUCUAUGGCUGUCAGUUUAGUCCAGAUGGCUUAAUGAUUCUUGCACAUGCAUUCCAUGGAGCAUUACAUCUUUGGGGCAGAGAUCUGUCAGAGCAGCCUAUCUGGAGCCCUCAUGUGGUAGUAUCAGGGCAUUUUAACAGUGUUCAGGAUGUAUGCUGGGAUCCAGAAGGAGAGUUUAUAGUGAGUGUUGGUUUAGACCAAACAACCAGACUGUUUUCCCCAUGGCGAAGGAAAGGCAAGGUUACCUGGCAUGAAAUAGCACGACCCCAAAUUCAUGGGUAUGACAUGCAAUGCAUAGCAAUGAUUGGUCGUUUCCAUUUUGUUUCUGGUGCUGAUGAGAAAGUACUUCGUGUUUUCUCUGCCCCUCGGAAUUUUGUGGAGAACUUCAGCUAUAUAAGCAGCAUACCUCUAGAGAAACUACUUUCUUCAAAUAAAGGAGUUGAACUUGCAGAAGGUGCCAGUGUACCUGCUUUGGGACUGUCGAAUAAAGCUGUUUUCCAAGGAGAUUUAAUGUCUCAGUUGAAUAUGAAUGAUGGACCAGACAAGCCAAGUAGUGCUGCAGAUCAGUAUCCUCAAGUAUAUUUCCAACCCAUCCAACUCAAAGAGCCACCUACAGAAGAUCAUCUUUUACAGAAUACCCUUUGGCCUGAAGUUCAGAAACUGUAUGGACAUGGCUUUGAAAUGUUCUGUGUUGCGUGUAACCACUCAGGAAGUAUAGUUGCUUCUGCAUGUAAGGCCUCCAAACCAGAGCAUGCAGCAAUUAUUAUAUGGCAAACUGCUAGUUGGAAGAAGAUACAGAGUUUGUCUUUCCAUAGCCUGACCGUCACUCAGAUGUCAUUUUCACCUGAUGACAAGUUCUUAUUAGCAGUUUCUAGAGACCGAACUUGGUCACUAUGGAAACUGAACACUGAGGGUCAUACUGAUUCAGGUUUGUCUUUUACCCUACAUGCUUGUACAGACAAAAAGACAGCUGUACACAGCAGAAUCAUUUGGUCUUGUGAUUGGAGUCAUGAUAGCAAAUACUUUUCCACAGGAAGCCGUGACAAGAAGGUAGAGUGGACUAUGGCUUGUAAGAACACAAUAACACACUACUUGUAA